ACAUCGCCUCGAACAGCAGUAACCGACCCAUUCGUUGCCUCGUUCGUCUGUGCGGAUAACGCUGCCAUUAUUCCUUUGACCGCCGAUCGAGAGGGACUGCGAGCAACAUGAAUUUUGCCGGAAUCGCCUUUAGCGCCGUGGUGGUGGUGGUCGUAGGACUCCUCGCAGCAGGGACCGAGGCCUCCCCCCUCACCCCCUACGCCCCAAGAGUCGUGAUCCCGAUCCUGAAGGACGACCGCUCGCAGGACGCCUACGGGGGGUACUCCUUCUCCUACGGGACAGGCAACGGAAUCUACAGGGACGAGGUUGGCCGACAGAACUACGGCCAGGUCUCGCAGGGAGGAUGGAGCUACACCUCCCCCGAGGGCGUCCCCGUGCAGAUCACCUUCGUGGCCGACCAGGGGGGAUUCCAGCCCUCCGGCAACGUGCUCCCUGUGGCCCCCGCCCUCCCCUACUCCAGGAGGCAAGUCUACUGAAGGAAACAAAGGGAAAUGGAGAGAAAGGAGAUGAAAUGACAUAGAAUUAAGAAAGAAAGAAAAAUAUUGAUGAAAUAAUGAGAGAGAAGAAAAGUUCAGAAAAGGCAAUCAUGACAAAAAAAGUUCCGAUUUUUUUUUAACUCCUUGGUCAUUCGCUUUGUUAUUGGCCUUCUUAGAAAUUUCAUUGUUUUUUUUUCCAUUCGUUACUUUUUUCUUCAUGAUUGCUUGCCAUUAUUGCUCUCAUUGUUACUGAUUUUUUCAAUUUCUUUUUUUGUUACUAUUAUCAUCAUCAUCGUCAUCAAUAUUAUUGUUAUCAUCAUU